AUGCAGCCGCUCGGCCACGCGCUGCUGACCAGAUUGGCCUUCGAGCUGAAGCUGCGCCUGAUCAACGGCGCGCGCCCGUCGCCUGCUGGCAGCGUCGAUGCGGCUGUGGUUGCCGUGUCCCAGCCGUCCAGGAACGAACAUCGGCUCGCUCAGGCCCAGCGCGCGGUGAGGGCGUUGCGGGCGCGGCUCGUGCGCCAGCACGCCGUGAUCAAGCGCCACGAGGCGCGCGUCGCCGUCCUCGAGGGUGGCGUCGGUGAUCCGCUCGUCAUCUCGAAGACUGGUUCGCAACAGUUGAGUUGGACCUCCACCAUUGCGAUGGGCGUGCGUCGGAACCUCUCCAACAUGGCUGCCGCCGAUUUUGGCGUCACGCUGUUGGACGUUUCGCGCCAGACCGUCUGCCGAUCCGAGCGCCUCGUCGGCUCGUGCAUCGUGGCGACCAGCCGCCAGUUCUUCAGUGAGUGGCGCCUCGCCCUCGGCACGUUCCUGGCACGAUCGCCUGCGCCUCCAGCGCAGCACUCCAUCAUCAACGUCUACUCGUGGCGCAGCGACGCGACGAAUUCAGGAGUGUGGCAGCGCCAGAAGGUGUGCGCACUCGAGGCCGAGGCCUACGUGAUGCUGAACCCGCUCCCGCCAGAUUCAACUCGCACCUGCCAGAUGUGCGACGUGUUCAGCUACAUCAAGCGGCUUUCGGACGUCCAGACCGUUACCGGCGGCUCUGGCGAGUGCACGUACCGCUUGAUCGUGAAGCAGCUGAAGGGGUCAGAUCAGGUCAGGGCCCGUCGCAUCAUCGCCAUCUUGACCGCGCCGAUGCCCAACGUCAUUUUCAUGGGCCACAACUGCUGGGAGCACGUCGUCCACUUGAUCAUCGGCCAGGCGCUGAAGCUCGCAGAUCAGUUCUUGAAGGAAUGGGGCCGGUCGUGGCGGUACUACUCGACCGUCGCCAUAUGCGCCAACGUCUGGCGCGAGGCCGCGCGGCCCAUCUACUUGUGGUGGAUCACUGCGUGUGGCCCGAUGGAUGCCAAGGCCCGCGCGUCUACGCUGUGCCCCAAGGCCUGCUCAGCGCGAUGGGGUGCAGUCGAAGCAGUCGAGGAACGGCUCAGUGCCGUCGCCGGCGCGUUGCACACCGCCUUCGCUGCCGUGUUGGCUGGGCGCGCCGCUGCCGAGGCCGCGCCUGUGGAGGACGCCCCCGGAGAAGCAGCUGCCGCCGCUGUUGCAUUCGAGCCCGUGCUCGCUGCUGGCGUGGACGCGCGCCGCGCCGUCGGCGACCUCUCCACCGAUAGCGCCAAGGCCUGGUCUGCGAUGCUGGGCCGAUGGCGCAGGCAGGCUGUGACCUCGACCGCCGACCCUCUUUUCUGGGGCAUGGUCAAGUGCAGCUUGUGGAGCAGGUCCGUGACAACCCACGCGAGCUGCUUCUUGAAGGCUACUGGUCGGCAGCACAUCGCCGAGCUCGCUUGCGGCAAGGCUGGCAGCCUCUUCAGCGAGUGCGACGCCUUGCUCAGCGCGCACCCGUGGGAGGACCUGUUCAGGCGCAUGCCCCAGGACGACGAGAGCACCAUGUUGAACUCAUACGCCAUUUCAAAUAUCAUGGUCCACGCUGGCGGCUUCUUUCGACGACUAUUGGAACCAGCAGUGACGUGGCCAUAUCGCAUGUUCGGUUUGAUCUACGGCGGCGACCGGCUGGCGGACGCCCCGCUGAGACGUCAGACGGCGGAUGCCCUGCUCACCACUGACCCCGCCGAUCUCGACAUCGGGACUCGGAAGCUGUGCGACGUGUUCGCGCGCGACCUCCGCUCCAUCCGGCAGAGGGGAGUGUGCCCGCCUAGGCUGUGGUAUGCGCUGUCUGCCGCGUCUCGCGCGUGGCGGUCGGACACGCGCGAGAACGAAUCCAUCAACAAGACCAUCUCCCUGAUCAGCGAGCGCGCCCCGUCCGUCGGCCUCGACCUCCUCAGCGCCAGGUGCACCACCAAGCACGCCAUCGGCGGGUUCGCUGGUACUGGUGAUGCGCGUGGGCGUCGCGCUGGAGCUCGACAGCGCUGGUCACCCUUGCCCAACACGGACUCGCCGCUCGACCCGAGCAUCAACGUGGCCACGGCACUGCGGGCGCUGUGCCCUGACAUGCGCGUGUCAGCUCGUCGCGCUUGGUGCGUCGCACACAACUCGGCGUUUCACAGUGUGUGGAGAACUCAGCCCGCUGGCAUGUCGCUCUGCUUCUGCUUCGGCGACUCGCCCCAGAACGGCUGCCCCUGGUGGGUUAGCAUUGAGCGCGACCGCUGUCGCCAUGUGUUCGCCGAGCUCAGGCUUGAUGAACCUGGCAUGUGCGCUCGCCUGGUUCGCCCUCUGACAGCGGUUCGAUCGGUCCGCCUGUUCGACACCUUCUUCGAGCCGGUGCGUGUGAGCGAUGGCCCGGUGCGCAUGAUGUGUUUCCGCCUGACCUGGGACCGCAAGUCGAUGGUGACGGCAUCGCUGUCUGCGCUGGAUGACGUCCAUUUCAGAUUUGUGAAGUUCAAACAGAAGCCGCAGACCGGUACGUCACCAGCGGCCCCGCUGCCAUUGCCAAUGCACCCGCCCCCGCCCGCGGGUGGCUCAGCGGACCCGUCACGCGAUGACGACCAUGACCCGUUAUGUGAUGCGCUUGCGACCAUCAUGCACGCCGACGGCGUCUACGAGGACGAGUUGCUCGCCAGCGAGGCUGUGUCGACUGAGAUGGCCGCCCAGUGCGCGGGCAUUGACAUCGCCGACGCCGCCCCCAGCGCCGCCGACCUGGAGUUCCACGAGUCCGUCGACGCCAGCACGGUGCCCGAGGACGACCGCCAUCAGUCCAUCACCGGCCGUCGCUGCGACGCCGUCGCUGCGACGGCAGCGCGGAAGGAGCUGCAGCAUCGGCUCGACCACGCCGCGCUCGGGCCGGCGAUCCACGGCGCUGCGGCGAAGGGCGUGGACAUCGUGGCGGCCGCGUCGGACGCCGCUGCAGGCGACAUCGCUGCCACCACCGAUCGGCUUCUUGAGGCUGCCGUGUAUGAUGGCAUCGCUAGCAUGGCACCGCCCCCAGCGCCGCCACCGCCGCACGCUCAGCCGCUCACGCUGUGCAGUGCACGCGCCGCGUUGCGGGCAUGGGCCGAGUCGUUUGCCGUCAGCAUCGGGGCCUUGCAGAGUCGACGUCGAGCAUGCACCGCUGACGUUGGCGAGGCUGGGCAGCUGUCGGUCAUGUCCAUCUCUAGAGCCGAUGCGGCCCGCAACGACUAUAUCCGCCGGGUGUGCUACGCUCACUGGGCGCAGCCGCGGUCGUGCUACGGGCGGCCGACAGGGCUGAUGCCCGACGGCACCGUUGCGCACCCAAGUAACGCACACGUGCGGGCCGUCUAUUUGAAGACAUCUAGUAUAGUAUGGCCCGCCAUCGGGGUCUCGCUGCGGGCUUGCGACAAAGGCGCCAUCGUGGGCGCCCCUGUCCAGCGAUGCCACGCCAUGUGGACUGUCGCGCUGGACAGGGAAUGCGUUGUCGCAGCGCAGCAGGUCACGCACUCGCCGAUCGUUGGCGACGAUGAGUCGGCGCUUGAGCCGUGUGUUGCGUGCGGUGGCACGACCGCUCCCGCCACAUUAGUGCAGUGCGCGCUGUGCCUCGGGCUCUGGCAUCCCGCAUGCGCUGCCUCUGUUGUUGAUUUGGUGCGCGAGGCCGUCGACGGCCAUCGUGCGUCCCUCGUUUACAAGGACGUGCCGCCGGCCGUGCACUGCUGGGCGCGUGCAGUGUGCACAGCAGUCGUUGGCGCACCGCCGCCGCCCGGGGCCGGCAGUGCUGCGUCGUCAGCCGCCGCGGCAUAG